AUGAUAAACUGUCAAUAAAAUCAACGAUAAAAUUUUUACAAUAUUGUAUAUGGAUAUAAUAAAGAACACAGAUCAACGUCAGUGAAAGUUGAAAGAUUGAAAUAAAUAAGUGCACUUAAUGAAAUAAAGCAAGAUUAUUAUAAAGGAUUGUAAUUAGGUAGAAUGCGUGAAAAUGCAUUAAGGGUCAUUCAUAUGAAAUUAGAAAAACAUAGAUUAAGAAAGAAAUCAUUUGAAACCAAGACGGAAGUAGAGGAAGAACAUUUUCCUUAAGUUAAUUAGGUUUCAAAACCUCCUUUGCCUUGUACAUCAAUCAUUGUCAAUAAGGAAAAUAUUAUUCAAAUGCCAAAUAUAUUAUAUAAAUAAAUGGGAGUAUCAAAAUAAACAUAGAUAAAAGGGAGAAGAUUAUCUUAAAGAAUAAAAUUGAAAAAUAGUGAGCCUACCUUAGAAUUUAGUCCUUGGGAGAAUUAAGAGAAUUAAGAAUUUGAUUUUAUUUGA